AUGUCUCUAGUUUUCGACUAUCUUGCACGAAUAUCCAAAUCGUUGAAUGACCCCCCAGCUGAAAUCGACGUCCAUAAAGUCCACAGAGGAGCGAACCUGGCCCAUAUAUGGGCUUCCGGUUCCAGUCCCAUCCGGGACGACAGACGAGGAACAGUUAUGCUAGAUCCAACAUGUAUACAUAAUCCACAUGAAAGCCUCUCCGCAUUAUGGCGAUUAAUUGUGGUGUGGCUGAAAUCCAAUUAA